AUGACGACCAUGAAGGCUGUGAACUACCAAGGGCCGUUCGAGGUCAAGGUCCAAGAGGUUGAGAAGCCAAAGCUAGAGCAUCCCGAUGAUGUCAUCGUCAAAGUCACAACGGCAGCGAUCUGUGGUAGUGACUUGCAUAUGUACGAGGGCAGAACGGCUGCUGAGCCCGGUAUCACCUUUGGCCAUGAGAAUAUGGGGAUUGUUGAGGAGUUGGGAGAAGGCGUGACGCUUCUGAAAAAGGGUGAUCGCGUUGUAAUGCCGUUCAAUGUCGCUGACGGCCGCUGCCGAAACUGCGAGGAAGGGCGCACUGCUUUCUGCACUGGUGUCAACCCUGGGUUCGCAGGAGGGGCAUAUGGCUACGUGUCUAUGGGGCCUUACCGCGGUGGGCAAGCACAAUAUAUCCGAGUACCCUAUGCCGACUUCAAUGCCUUGAAGCUACCGGCAGGCAAGGAGAACGAGUCAGACUUUAUUCUGCUUGCAGGAUGGCAUGGUGUCGAACUAUCCGGUUUCAAGCCCGGCGAAAGCAUUGCAGUUUUCGGCGCUGGCCCCGUCGGGCUAAUGGCGGCUUACUCUGCCGUACUACGUGGUGCCUCACGCGUCUAUGUUGUCGAUCGUGUUCCUGAGCGCCUGAAGGCAGCGGAAAAGAUCGGAUGCGUGCCCAUUGACUUUAGCUCCAGUGACCCAGUGGAUCAGAUCAUCAAGGCGAACGAUGGUAUGGUCGAUCGGUCCGUGGACGCUGUUGGCUACCAAGCGGUUGAUAAAGGCGGCUCGAAGGAGCAGCCGAAUAUCGUUCUUGAGAGCAUGAUUCGCGUCACCAGGGCUUGCGGUGGGAUGGGAAUCCCCGGCCUUUACGUGCCCAGUGAUCCUGGCGCGCCUGAUGAUGCAUCGGGCAAGGGUAUGAUCAGCCUCAGCUUCGGAAAGCUGUUUGAGAAGGGCCUGAGUCUUUCCACCGGGCAAUGCAACGUCAAACAUUAUAACCGCUAUCUUAGAGAUCUCAUUGUUGCAGGCAAGGCGAAGCCGAGCUUCGUUGUCUCUCAUGAGAUUGGUAUCGAUGACGUUGAAGUUGCCUAUCAGAAGUUCGACAAGAGAAUCGAUGGUUACACGAAGGUUCUCAUCCAUCCGAACGGGGGUUUCUGA